UCUCCUGCAUUGCAGGCAGAUUCUUUUCCAUCUGAGUCACCAGAGAAGCCCCUUAAACAGGCCCAAACCUCACGCAGGUCACAGGAGAUCUCGCUGGGCAGGAGUGUAGCUUGUGAGCACAGACACGGUAGAAGGCAUGCCUGAAGCAGGCUCAGCUCCCAGAGGAGCUGGUGGCCAGGGCUUCCUCCUCCAGGUCCCCACACCCUUCCCGCUCAAGACUCAGCUCUGGCACCCUAGGCCCAUCACGCUCAUCUCUGGCAGGAAGGUGCUCUCACUAUAACAGCGGAGUCUCAGGCAUGAGGACAGCUUGGCUCUGGUGCCCCGGGCUAUGGGCCUCCAGUUGCCUGCAGCCCACGCGCUGGGUCCCUCCUCCCUUGUGGGGGUGAGGCAGGCAUGCCAGCCAGCAGAGAUCAGGACAAUGUCCCUAUUGAUUUUUGCCUCUUUCUGACUCCUGCCCUCAAAAUCUGCCCUUGGCCCCUGGGCUGUGGGAACUGAUGGCAAUUAUCCAGAGACACCUGUCCCCAGUGUCUGCUGCGGACUGACAUCCACAAAAGCAGGACACAGGGGCCACACGGACAGUCCUGUUCAAACUUGAGUUCGAUCCUGUCCCUGCUCUGCUCCACGGUCCUCACCCCAGUGGCUGGGCCUCGUCACCUCACCCACUCUCCUGCUUGCUAACCAGGAAGAGAGCCAAGCCUGCACCACCUCAGGACCUUCACACAUGCCACACCCUCAGCUUGGAGUAUCCUGCCUCCAGUCAGCCUUCGAGGCAGAGGUGUCUGAAAUCAGCAUCAGCCAGAACGAGAUUAACUUGGCCCUUAGGAACCUGAGGGCCUGGAUGAAAGAUGAGAAAGUGUCCAAGAACCUGGCCACUCAGCUGGACUCGGCCUUCAUCCGGAAGGAGCCCUUCGGCCUGGUGCUGAUCCUCUCCCCCUGGAACUACCCCUUGAACCUGAGCCUGGGGCCCCUGGUGGGCGCCCUCGCAGCAGGGAACUGCGUGGUCCUGAAACCCUCGGAGAUCAGCAAGAACACUGAGAAGGUCCUGGCCGAGGUGCUGCCCGGAUACCUGGACCAGAGCUGCUUUGCCGUGGUGCUGGGCGGGCCCCAGGAGACUGGGCGGCUACUGGAGCAUAAGUUCGACUACAUCUUCUUCACGGGGAACCCUCAAGUUGGCAAGAUUGUCAUGACUGCCGCCGCCAAGCACCUGACGCCCGUCACACUGGAGCUGGGAGGCAAGAACCCCUGCUACGUGGACGACAACUGCGACCCCGAGACCGUGGCCAACCGGGUGGCCUUCUUCCGCUGUUUCAAUGCCGGCCAGACCUGCGUGGCCCCCGACUACGUCCUGUGCAGCCCUGAGAUGCAGACGCGGCUGGUGCCCGCCCUGCAGAGUGCCAUCACCCGUUUCUAUGGCGACGACCCCCAGAGCUCCCCGGACUUGGGCCGCAUCAUCAACGAGAAGCAUUUCCAGCGGCUCCGGGGCCUCCUGAGCUGCGGUCGCGUGGCCAUUGGCGGCCAGAGUGAUGAAAGUGAUCUCUACAUCGCCCCCACGGUGCUAGUGGACGUGCAGGAGACCGAGCCGGUGAUGCAGGAGGAGAUCUUUGGGCCCAUCCUGCCCAUCGUGAACGUGAGGAGCCUGGGCCAGGCCAUCGACUUCAUCAACCGUCGGGAGAAGCCCCUGGCCCUCUACGUCUUCUCCAAGAGCAGCCAGGUGGUGAAGCGGGUCCUGGCCCAAACCAGCAGCGGGGGCUUCUGUGGGAACGACGGCUUCAUGCACUUGACCUUGGCCAGCCUGCCUUUUGGAGGAGUGGGCAGCAGCGGGAUGGGCAACUACCACGGCAGGUUCUCCUUCGACACCUUCUCCCACCACCGCGCCUGCCUGCUGCGCCCCCCGGGGCUGGAGAAGAUCUACGCCAUCCGCUACCCGCCCCACACUCCCCGCAACUUGAGGGUGCUGCUGAUGGCUAUGGGGACCCGCAGCUGCAGCUGCACCCUGCUCUGAGCCCACCCCAGGCACGGGGGCACCGAGCGUCCCUUCCAGCCCACGUCCACGAGUCCUCUGCUGCCGUGGACACCUGAGGCUGGCGGAGACACGACCUGGGAUCCACGACGCAGGGGGAAAGGAUCUGCCAAGGCCUCAGUCCAGACCAGUGCUUGCCUUCCUCCCUUCUCUUUUCAGGCCCUCAGCUGCCCCCCAACCAGGAUGGGCCAAGGUGUGGGAGCGUGGGAAACUGUAGCCUGCUCUCUAGCUCCCAGACUGGCCACCUAUGUCCCAGGAGAGUCGGGCAGCUGUGGGCACUUCUCGGGACCCCUCUUUCUGUGGAGGGGUGCAGAAGGGGCCCUGGCAUCUGGUCCAUGCCCUGCUGUGGACCUGCCAUGACCUGGGUCGUCCCUGCCCUCUCUGAGCCUGCCCCCCUAUCUCAUGUACAGAGGAGGUGAUGAACAUCAUCUCCUGAGAUCAUUGUGAGGAUUAAAUUUUGGAACAUAAUUGCGGACUCCAA